AUGAUCUCGGAGUCUGCUCUUGAUGGUGAAUCACUCCCGGCAACAAGGCCCCAGGGUCUCGAGACACCACCCCCAGUGUCGAGAAGAUGGCAAAUCCUGAAGUGUGAAUCAAAACGGAAAAAUGAUGAGUUCGUGGGUCUGCCGAUGUCGCUUGGCUCCCUUCUCACUUCGAAUUCAGCUCUGUUGUUCGAGCUCCAAAAUAUCGAAAUGGUGUCUGCGUUCAUCACAACGAUCAAGGUUCUGACUACAAUCGCUCAAAUCGCUCAGCGACUGAGUCCGGUGCCGGACCUGUACCGUGUUCACAAGCAAAGAGACACCGGCGUUAUGGCUUUCAUGCCGCUUGUCAUGCUGCUAUUGUGCAACCAUGUUUGGUUGAUCUACGCCUACGUGGUGAAGAAUAUUUUCCCGCUGUUCUCCGUCUGUGUAUUUGGUGAUGUCGUGUUGGCUCUCUACGUUGCAAUCUACGCUAAAUACUGUCCCGACCGAGCGUACAUGAUGAGAAUCCUUGUACCGGGUGCAACUGCUUUCGUUCUGGUCACUAUCUACGCAGUUUUAGUUGCGGUUGGGGCGAUUCAUCAGUCGAGAGACCAACUAGGCGACGUGUUCGGCUAUUUGGCGAAUGUGACGACUUUCGCCUUGUACGCGUCACCGUUUGAGAAGAUCAAGCUCGUGCUUGAGACCAAGUCGUCUGCUGCAAUCCCCGUGAUUCUCUGUAGCAUCAUUUUUGUCAACAGCAGCUUGUGGCUCGUCAAUGGAAUCGUCGACGAUGACUUAUUUAUCGUCGUACCAAACAUUGUCGGGGUUACUCUGACUGCUAUCCAGCUUACGUUGUGCUACAUUUACCGCCCCAGCAGACACAUUUCGCCAGGCGAUAGUGAGCUGGACGCCGUUGUGGAGCUGGAAAUGGGCACCAGCGAGAAAAUGGCUCCUACAAGUCCUGCAUUCGUUCCUCUAGUGUCGCCAACCAAGCAAUAA